AUGGCGGACCAGAACCCAUCCCAAUCCACCAACAUGGAUCCUACACCAUACCAGAUCCCCAGUCUGUCCUCGGCAAACUCCCAAGGCAACGUUCCGACCAUGUCUUCCUUAGUUCCUCUCCUACGCCCUGCGAUACCUGGCGCCCGAUCCAGUGGUGCCCGAGCACCAAGAUUGGGACUCGCCAUCCCGCCGUCCCCCAAUGCGAAGCCGGUGGGCAACCAGCCCGCUGCGUCGGCUCCCCGUGCGUUGCCCACCCUACACCUUGCCACUCCGAUGGGCAGCCAAGGCUUGCCUUACGAGCAGCCCCCUCGACUGAACACGAGUGUUCAGGGCCACUCUGCCAGCGGAGGCAGCGAGAGCAGCGCGGCCCACUCGAGAUCGGGCAGCUUUGGACCCCUUGAUGGACGUGCCAGUAACCCCACCUCGGCCGGCUCGCAAUACUCGGCUCUUUCCUUUGCCUCCCAGUAUGGUAUUGGGGGAUCAAGACCCCAGGGCACCCCUGACCCGGUAUCCGCCGUCGGGUCUCUCUACUCAGAACGUAGCGAGGGUGGUGUUGGUAUGGAAAGAGACAACAGCCUCCAAGGCUUGGAACAGUUUGAUAAGCUUAGUUUGGAGAAGGCAAGGUCUCUGGACGUGGAAGACCUCGACGAUGACGGUUGGAGGAUUGCCAGUCUGGAGUCUAGGAUCGAAGAGCUCGGCAACCUCGGUGAAGGUGCUGGCGGUGCCGUGACAAGAGCCAAGCUCAAGGGCGGCAAGACUGUCUUCGCCCUGAAGGUCAUCACGACGAACCCCGACCCUGAUGUGAAGAAGCAAAUCGUACGAGAGCUCAACUUCAACAAGGGCUGUGCAUCAGAGCACAUUUGCCGGUACUACGGCGCCUUUGUCGACCCUGCCACUGCCACCAUUUCUAUCGCCAUGGAGUACUGCGAGGGUGGCUCGCUCGACAGCAUCUACAAAGAGGUCAAGAAACUCGGUGGCCGCACCGGCGAGAAGGUCCUCGGCAAGAUCUCAGAGGGCGUUCUGCGUGGCUUGACGUAUCUCCACGGGCGACGCAUCAUUCACCGUGACAUCAAGCCAUCCAACAUUUUACUCUGCCGCAACGGCGAGGUCAAAUUGUGCGACUUUGGCGUCUCUGGCGACUUUGGAACCAAGGGCGAGGCCAACACGUUCAUCGGCACCAGCUACUACAUGGCGCCUGAGCGAAUCACGGGACAGAGCUAUACCAUUACCUCUGACGUGUGGUCCACUGGCGUUACACUGCUUGAGGUUGCGCAGCAUCGAUUCCCGUUCCCAGCCGACGGGACCGAGAUGCAGCCUAGGGCAGGACUCAUUGACCUGUUGACCUAUAUCGUUCGGCAGCCGAUACCCAAACUCAAGGACGAGACUGAUGUCACUUGGAGCGACAACUUUAAGUACUUUAUUGAGUGCUGUCUCGAGAAGGACCCGACCCGCCGUGCAAGCCCAUGGCGGAUGCUCGACCACCCCUGGAUGGUCGAGAUGCGUUCCAAGCGUGUCAACAUGGAGAAGUAUCUGUCACAAGUAUGGGGUUGGGACACGCCAAAGGCGGAAACGUAA